CAUCUCAUGGCAACAUUUACUGUUUCGUUGAACGAUGCAGUUAGAAGACGCUUUCUCGAGAAUUAUUAGUUUUGUUUGAUAAUUACGCGCCUAUUUUGGUGAUAACAAUUUCAGUGUUAUAACAAUUGUGUUAGUGGAUUGUUUAAAGAAAAAAAACGUAAAAUGAGUCAAAUGGUGACGCGACAACGGACGGGUGGGGAUGAAAAGGAAAAGCGACAAACAGACAGUCCAGUGAAAGAUAUGAAAAAGAAAAUGGCGGCCAACGCUGAAAAGGAAAAGAACGCCGCAGAACAAGCCACCAGCAAGCCUGCAGAAAAACCUGCAGAUAAAGCAGAGAAACCCACAGAUAAAACAGAGAAACCUGCAGAAAAGCCCGCGGAGAAACCGAAGGUAGCUGAGAAGCCGGCUGAUAAGAAAGAUAAGGCUCCUGAGAAGGAGAAGCCAGCUGAGAAGAAAGAUAAACCUGCUGAGAAGGAGAAACCAGUUGAGAAGAAAGAUAAACCUGCUGAGAAGGAGAAACCAGUUGAGAAGAAAGAUAAACCUGCUGACAAGAAGGAGGGACAGAGUGAAAAGAAGAAGGAAGAGAAUGGCAAAGGAGAGAGCAGUGGAAAGACAGAGAAACCAGCAGCAAACGGGCGUCCCAAACAGAACGGCACCACGAACGGAACGGUGAGUCCCGACUCGGACUCGGUGUCAGAUGUGGACGAGACGGAACAGUUCCCGGAACUGGCUUACGAUGAUUCGGACGUAGAGUGGGAGCCAGGCAUGGACUGUCCUAGCCGCAGCCUCACCAGGCGAGAACAGGUGAAGGCGACGCGCACCCCGGAGACGCCGCGCCCGGCGUCCGACCGGCGGGACGCAGACGAUUCAAAGGAAUCGAAGGUACUUAAACUCACUGAUUCGGGCAAAGACACGCCGAAAGACAAAAAAUCAGACGCUAAAUCCGAUGCCAAAUCAGACGGAAAACCAGAAGCCAAAUCAGACGGAAAACCAGAAGCCAAAUCGGACGGAAAAUCCGCAAAAACGGUCGCCAAAACAGCAGAGACGCCAAAGAAGGAGGAAACUAUUAAAGCGGAUGUUAAGAAAGACGUCAAGGAGUCUCCUAGAAAGGGGGGGAAGGAAGAUAAGUCGGAGAGAGUGGAAGUCGAGGUGGUUGUGGAGAUUGAGAACAAUGGAGACGCGUCAGAGGAAUCCCGCAAGCCGGACACGAACUUCUCCAAGUCGCGAGUCAAGGUGUCCCCAUACCGCCGCAGUAUGCGCCUCGCAGACCAGACCACCAGCUCCAUCGCGGCCAACUAUACUGGCAACAACACAACCAUGGAGAUGGACAUAACGGAGUCCUCCUCGUUCAUGGACGAGACGAUGGACGACAGCUACCUGAGCGGUCUGCGCUCCAUACGAGGGCGGCGCAGCUACAAGCUGCUGCAGGAGCUGCCCCCGAGGGGCGCCGCCGCCGACAGGAGCGGCCGGUCCGUCGCCAGCAUCACAGUAUCCGAGCAGUCAACUCGUCCUACUGCUCCCGUAGUCGGCCGCAAACGCAAGCCCGAACCCGAAGACCACAUCUCCAUCGCCAGCGAGGCCCGAGAGGCCGACAGUCCCAUAGGCAAGAGGCAAAGACUGCUUGAGAAGUUGGCUCGGCCUUUCAGGAAAACUGUGCUUAUGCCCGCUAGGAGGAAUGCUGAGAUCGUGGGCAUCAACACCGACUUGCCUCUCACGGCCCCCGUGGCCUCCACGUCCCGCUUCGACCCCGAGACGCUGAAGGCGGCUUCAGACACCCCCGCCCCGCCCGCCGCGCCGCCCGCCCUCGCCGCGCCCGCUGCGGAGGACGCCAAGCGGUGCGUCAUCAUGUAACCUGCUCCUGUGUGCAAUCCACGAUGUUGUUUAAUGUGUAUUCCGUACAGACGCUAUUUUACAUGAUGGUAUCUUUUCUAUGAAAAUGCGGCUCGAUUUUUUUUUUCAGGAUAGUCGUUGAAAUUUUAAAAAUUAAUGAGUUCAUAUAGAACGAGAUGACUAGCUAGGAAAUUGCCUCGCGAAACAGCUCGGUCUGUGUAGAUUAAGGCUCGGAACCGGUUUUAGAUAUAGCGGUAAAUACCGGUUUAUUUCGGUUUUAAUCCGAACUUUCAUAAGAACACGAACGUAACAACUUUAUUGUAACCUAAAUAAACUGGUUUAUCGAGACGUGGUGGUGUACCGCGUAAACAAAGAAAGAAACCGGUUUUUAUUAUUCUAAACCGGUUGACCUGACAAUAAAUUUACAGUAACGUUUUACGAACGAAACCGACAUUAAAAAGUUUAAGUUUAAGUUCAUGAUAACAAUUUAAAAUUUUAACGAAUUUCCGAGCCUUGAUGUUAGAUGUGCCUCGCCCGAGGCAUUGCGUGCGUUUGCCUCUAUACAAGCCAUGCAGAUUAGCGUGAUAAUUUCCUCGCAAGGCACCUUGGUCUGAAGCGAGACUAAAAUACGUAUUUGUACGGGACACACGUGGAAAGCUCUAUCAAUGGAUCUGAGAACUAUUGAACUGAAACUGACCUUUCUAAUAUAAUAUUGUACCGAUAGCAUGUACAAAAGCAAGCUUCCAGCAUGUAAAACACAGAGUAUACAAUAAUUCUUAACAGGUUACUGUUAACUUUAUCCUCGUUAGGCCCAAGGUCCUAUAGGACUUAUCCAGUUCGAAACAAUUUAAAUCAUAUUCAAUAGAACAAAGUUGCAUUCUAAAAUCUUUACAAAAUAAAAUCAACUGUAUUCCCUGCACUAUAGGUUCAAAUUUCAAUGGCAAAUUUUAGAUUAUUCAGUUAACUGGCAAUUCGAAAACCUUACCUACAUUUUACUACUGGAAUUUUUAAUAAAACUGUUACAGUCCACUAGUUCUUUGAUCCAAGUAGAUGGCGUUGCUCUGGGUUCUUUCUCUCUCUCUAUAUUUUUAGGUAUGCAAACAAACAAAAUCUACCCUCAAAUGGCCAGUUGAGGGUAGAUCAAAACAUUACACAAUCAAAUAAUGUAGGUUAAAGUCAAGUCGUUCAGUGACAGAUCCAGGCGGUUUUGUAUUUGGUUGGUUAACCAAUAAAUGUUGUAACUACCCGAAAAUUUACAAAUUGUAUGUUUACUUUUAUUUAAAUACCUAAAGAUACAGAGUACAGACUAAUACGAUUUAUAUGUCAUAAACACUUAAUACCUUCGAAUAUUACUAUGUUUCAUUAUUAGACAAUGUCGAGUUAUGUUUUGUACUGUCGCAUAUAAUUGAUUUCUCUAUGUAAUUACAAUCAUUGUUUACGUGCUCCCAGAGCCCGCCAAUUAAAUAUAUAAUGAAGUAAAUCUAUAAUUUGCAUUGUAAAUAGUUCAAAUUUAGUAUUUAGAUCACGCAUAGUAUAUGAAACAAUAAGAUAUAUUAAGAAAUGUUUGAGCAGCCUUUAGGUUUAAUAUUCGUAAUUUUUGAUAAGUAAAAGCUAAAAUCUCGCGCUAAGCUAAGCUCUAAGCGCUCGCACAGUGGCAUUGACCGCCGGCAUUGGCGAGAUAGCAAUAUAAAUACGCGCGUGCGACAGAGAUAGAAACGAGCGGGUCAGUGUACGGAAUUCUUGGUGCUUAGCGUCCUUCCUGAAGGCCGCUCAAAUAACAUUUAUUACAAUUUGUGCGUUAUAUAAUGAGAUAAUGACACAAAUGGGAAUUUACUGAGCAAUACAUUGUACAGUCGCCAGCAGAUAUAUCGGAACGGCCGAGGUGAUCAAAAAUAUCUGAGCAUGUACUGUAGAGCCUUGAAAAUAGAGGCGUGUUUAGAUAUUUGUGAGCAUCUUAUAGACCGCGCGCCAGGAGCAUAUUUCGUCAGUCAUCGCCUCCCGGUUUAGAUGCUGUUAUAAACUAAUAAAACCGUCAGCCGGUUCUAUCGCGUUGGAAUGACCGUCAGCUGUAAAAUGAACAUGUAAACAGUAUGCGCGUUAUCACUAUGUGCGGCAAAGUAUGCGUAAUGUGUAAAUUGCGUAAUCCGUUGAUGGCUUUUCCGGCGUUUACGCCUGAUGAAAUGCUACAUGCAAAGUUUCAUGAUUUGUUAUUGCUAUCAUAAAAGGUAUAGCGCUUAUUUUUUACAUGUUCAUGCGACCAGCUGAUGUUCUUACCACCGCGAUAUAACCGGCUGACGAUUUUUUUAAUUAACAACAGCAUCUGAAUCAUUUCUUAAAGUAUCAAACAGGAGGCGAUGACUUUUUUUUUGUUUUACUUUUCAUGACAUUCCUUAACCCACCAACGGAGCGGCAGCUGACGUCCACGAGGGUUCAUACCUAGCCGUUAACCACUACACGAGUCGGCCGGGAGGCGAUUGGUCAUGGGAAUUGUUCCUGGCUCGCGGUCUAUUAGCCGCCCCGAGGGCCUACCGCGAUAAAUCGAAGUUCGUCAAUUGCGGGCAUAUUUCUCUGUCACUCUAAUUACGUCUUAGUGAGAGUAAAAGAGAAAAAUCCCCGCAAUUGGCGUAUUUCGGUUUUCGCGGUAGGCUCCCCGAUAUCUGAUAGCGACUGUAUGAGAGCAAUGGAGUUGUUUGAUCAACAGUAAUUAUGUGAAAGACAAAUUAAUUAAUAUUUAGUUGUUUGUAGAUUGAGAAUUAAGUGAAUAUUGCUUAGUGCGUUGAGCAAUAUAAGGUAGAACCGGAUUGUUAUUUUCUGAUUUGGGCGGUAAUCGAUACAUUUGAGACCUAAAAUGAAUUUAUGUAUGCCAAAGAAUGCCUUAUAAUAUACAUUGACGUUUUUACGAGUGUUUUUUGUCUGUGUGAUUUUAUGAUUAAAUUUUUUAAAACGCUAUUUGACUUUGAUCCUUAUUCGUUUACUGAUAUGUGAUAUAUUUAAUAGAUCAAAGGCCAAAAGUAUGGCGGCAUCGUUUCGAGCGAUGGCCCCACAACCUUUGGCCUAUACCCGGUAAGAUGGCCCCACAUUUUGCUAUUUAACAAAUUGAACACACAUCAGUGAAAGAAUAAGGCUCAAAGUCAAAUGGCGUUCUAAAAGUUUUAAUCGUGUGUCGAAAGAUGGCAGUAAUUUACUGUGGCUACAACAUUUUCUUUGAUAAUAAUUAUCUUUGACAUGGUUAUGGGUUGGGAUUAGACGUGUGCGCCGAUUAAGAAAUGAUCGGCGGCGGCGUUUGCCAAAAAAUCGGCGGCGGCGGCGUGAAAUCGGCGUGACCUUCACUUUCAGGUUUUUUAAGAAAAAUCAAUAAUUUGUUAUUUUUCUUCACAAUUUGAUCAAUGUAGGUUGCUAUGGUCAGUGAAGUACGUAUAGUUUUGAAUAGGUUAUGAGUAAAAAGUAAAAUACGGUUUGGAAAUGAAUAUAAGAUAGGUAUAAUUAAUAACUUGAUUUCCCUACUUUUCCUAGUAACUGGCUUGCAUUAAGGGGUUACCUGAACCCCUAGUGUAAAUUUAUUCGAUAGCGUGACGUAACGUACACGUUUGCGUUAAAUCUCAUUUUUUAUGGGAUUUAGAAAAACUGAGCGGGACGUUUUGGAAACUCAACUCAACACAACUCUGGUCCCAAUGACCUUCAUACCGAUCUAUAACUUUCCCUUUUCUUAUGAUUUCCAUGACAUAUCGUAUUAAAAUUAAAAAUGACGUACUAUAAUAAAAUUCCAAAUAUCCUUGAAAUUUGCUAGACUGCUAAUACUGCUAUGGCUUCCAUUUAAUGGUUUUCUUGCCGUACAAACAUGAGUACAAGCACCAGGCUCACUGAGCCGUAUCUUCUUUCUCGUUUUCUCAUUGCUGAGGAUCGCGAUCAUAUGUAAUCUGUUUCCAUUUCGUGCGGUCAUAACAUAAGCCGGGUGGACAACACGGUGCAGACUGCCGCAAGAACUCUUCAUAGCAUUCGACUAUCACACAUGCUCACACAUGCUCCAACUCGAGCACGUUUGCCAUUCAUUCGGUUCUGCCUAAAUUCAUGUGUUUCUCCGCAUCAUGCCACCACAUAAUAUAUCCGAGGAAUCUAUUCUUCAGAUAUAUUAUGUGGUGGCAUGUUAAGAAGAGCUGAGUGGCGAUAUUCAGCUCUCUGAGAACGGAGGGGUUUGUUCUUCUAGUUGUCCAAGGUAUAAUUAGCAGUCUUCGUUAACACCACAUUUCAAAAGCGCCAACCUUUGCCACUUCACACUUUUUGACGCCCCACGUUUCGCCACCAUACUGGAAUAUUGAAAAGAAGAGCUCAUACCAAGCGCACUUUAGUUGCACGUCAAAUACUUCUGUUCUUCCAGAUCCUGUCGAGGUUAGCCGUAGGAAUCUUAGCCAUGCCAACUCUGCAUCGUACCUCGGUGGUGUAAUCACUGGCACUGAUUAUUAUCCCAAGAUAUACAAACUAGCUCGCUUUUUUUUUGUAUUCGACGAGUGCAACUUUGGUCUUGGAAUGGUUGACCUUAAGACUUCUCUAGAACUUUCAUCUUCAAUUUUCUUAAGAAGAGCCGCCAGAUCGAUGUAUAUCUUGUUGUUAUUCCCGUCAGGCAGGCAUUAAUAGUAGCACAGUUUGUUACAACAACUUUUGUACCAAGUCAUAUUAUCAUUCUUGUUAGAUGGCCCAUUAUGGAAAGGGCUUAUAACUACUACAAAAAUAUUUGGUUAAUUGAAAGCCCCAGUGACCCAGGUACUUGUAACCAUAGCAACGAGUGACAGGAAAAUGUUGCUUCACCCAUUUACAACUUGCACAUUUCCGUGGGGCAAGCUUUUGCGCGAUCCACCAGAUUGACAGUGAAUCUACAGUGUUGUCACUCAGUCUCUCUUUCUAUUCCUCGACAUUUUUGGCACACGACUUUUUUAGGAUACUCAGGGUCUCCGGAGAUUUCGAUAAUAGUCGCAACAUUAGUCAGUUAGUUUUCCUUUUCUGUUCUGAUGAGGUCCCAUAGUCAUGGUACAUGAGCCCCGUAUUUUCGUUGCCUAAUUAAGUCUUUUCAUGACGGAGCAUUCUGCCUUUGUAUGUCAGGCAAUGUGAAUUCACAUUCAAAUCAUAAUUUAUAUAUCGCUCCCUCAUUUUUCUUGAUGCUUCAGCAGAUUAAUGCACCGAUUAAUGUAACUGAGGAUUACUCAGUUACUUUAAUCGGUGUGUCAAAUCGUUUGAACAACUGGCUAUUAUUCUGUUUCAUUUAAUUAAUCCAUACAAAUACUAUUUAUUUGACAACUGUAACAUAUAUAAUACAAAAAAAAACCAUACUGUAUCCAAAUACAAACUUCGAAUAGCUAAUUAACAACACUCAAGGUCACGCCGAUUUAACGCCGAUCAUUUAUCGGUGGCGGCGGCGUGGCAAAAAAGCCCGGCGGCGGCGCACACGUCUAGUUGGGAUAAAGGCGGGAACAGUGGCUCGGCAGAAAACAGCCGGUACGUUCAAGCCUGUUACGCGUUGGCUUGAGCCACUGUCCCUCAUUGACUCUAAUAAUAAAAAAAUCUUGUAUAACAUGGGUAUAUUAAUGAGUAUGUAUUAUGUUGUUCAGGCCAAAAAUUACAGAUUAUCGCCCAAUUCAGACCCGUCGUGUACUUAGUACACCGUUUUAUACGCGACCUUUUUACUCCUUGACUUUCGGGACGUGUUAUGAACUGAAAACAACAUUAUUUUAAAUAAUUAGGUUCAGAUAAGCCUUAUUGUCACCUUGUGUAGUGGUAAAUAUGUGUAUAUGUGGUAGAAAACAAUGAUCUAUCUUAUAUCUAACCUUUUGUAUACCUUUUGUAUGUGUUGUGUGUUGUGUUCCUGCCGGUGAGUAAGGUUGCCAGAGCUCAACGAGGGGGGGCGGGUUUAGGGUCGGCAACGCGCAUGUAAGGAGUUGCAGGCGUACAUAGGCUACGGAGACUGCUUACCAUCAGGCGGGCCGUAUGCUUGUUUGCCACCGAUGUAGUAUUAAAAAAAAAUGCUCCUGUCAAAAAUUUGCUAUUUAUAUAGCAAUCAUGACAACUUCAUGUUUAAGUUGAAUAUACACGGUGCCCGCAAGCAAACGGAAAGAUUUUAACAGUAUAUUCAGGCUCGUAUUUACGAGACAAAAUGUCAUAUAAACUUUUUUUUAAUUCACCUAGUUUCAGAGUUAAUACUAACUACACCAACAAUUUUUUUGGCGGAAUAUACUUAAAUUUGUAAAAAUUUUUUUUCGUGUUAUAACCUCAAAAUACGUGGUAAUUUUUUUUUCCGUUUCCCCGCGGGCACCUUGUAUAUGGAGCAUAUCUGAUCCCAAGCAUACCAAAGGUUAAACGAAGCAAUUCUAUACCAUGUGAUUUUGGGGUCGUGAUACCGAAUGUCAAUAAUGUAUGGAAAUGAUCAUACUUAACAAGGUUUCGAGAAAAAAAUCUAAUGGACAGCUUGAGGGCCCGACGUAGAUGAAAUGUAUGGGGUAAAAAACACGAUUUUCAUAUCGGUCCCAUGGCAAAAUAUGAUCUUUGUUCAGUAUAUAUAUAUUUAUAUUUUGGGGAUCUCGGAAACGGCUCUAACGAUUUCGAUGAAAUUUUAUGUAUGGCGGUUUUCGGGGGCAAGGAAAAAUAUCAGAUAUCAUAUUAAGGUUAAUGUGGAGAAGUCUGUCUGUAAUAAAAGACCGUCUACAAGCUCUUUCGUUAUGCAAAUAGAUUCAGACCAAACUAAGUUAGCAGCGAUUUUAAAGAAAGAAAGAAAGAAAAUACAUUUAUUGACGUCAUAAUGUGUACCAACAUUUGAUAGCCCGGACGGCGCAAGUGUUAUUUUAAACAUCAAACUUCUAUGAAAUUAUGACGUUUACCUAACACUUGCACAAUGCACAGACUGGGCUAUCAAAAUCGCUGCUAACUUAGCUUGGUCUGACUACGAGAGGAGGCCUAUUACGCUCUGCCCAACAAUAUGUAUUAGUUUGAUAUAGAGUAUUGUAUACAUCUUGCGGGAAUUCUGAAAGGUCAUGAAAUGAAUCGUUUUGGUUCGUUUGUUAUACCACUUAGUUAUUUCUUAGUAAAAUAAAAACAAUACAACUUAAGAGGGAAGAAUAGCUUUGCACCCGUAACGAAAUAACGGUACGGUAACGGGUCGGCAACGCGCAUGUAACUCCUCUGGAGUUGCAGGCGCACAUAGGCUACGGAUACUGCUUACCAACAGGCAUUUUAAAUAUAAGAAGCCAACUCAAAAUUUGCAUCGGAUUACUUUGCCGUUUUUGAACAAUGGUGUGGUGAAAAACAUUUUCUCUUUCUGCAUGGAACGUAGUAUACUUCCCUCUUAAGAUGUAUCUUUGUUCUUAAAAUGACUCAAGUGAAUUAUGACUGCGUCAUUUUCUCUGACAUUAUUGCAUAUUGCUUGUCAACUGAAGGAAAACCAUAAAAAUCAUUGUCACUAUAGAUUUUCCUGAGGCGUAAAUCAUAGUAUAGGGGAUAUUUAUUUAUUACGUGAGACGUAUUUGCCAGUUUUCGACUCGCUGUAUUAUGGAAGAAUCUAAAGCAAUGGUGGGCAAACUGUCUUCAUGGGGGGUCAGAAAAUUUAAGAGGGCCAGAAUUGCAGCAUUAAUGUGUUUUGAUUACCGUGGGCCAAUGGAUAAAAUCCUUUUGCGGCCCGGAGCUGGCCCGCGGGCCGUACUUUGCCCACCACCAUCUAAAGAAAAAAAAAUGUAUACACGUUUGGUUUGUCUUUGUUUUUAUUUAUAAAAAUUGGAACGUUUGUACCGCACAACCCGAGAAAUGUCUCUAUAAUAGUGAAUAAUUGUCUCUGGUUCAUAUCACGUCCAAAUUUAGUAAUAAGAUGUCAAUGUCCAGUCAAGGUAUUAAAUAUCUACACGGACAAAGUGCCAAAUAUAUGUAUACACGACCUUAUUGCCCAUACAUUGAAUGGUGUUUACAUAUUUUUGGCACUUUGUGCGUGUCGAUAUUUAAUACCUUGACUGUACUUAUUGAGUAAAGAUGGCCAUAAUAAAUAAUAUUUUAAAUUAGAAUAGGAAUGUUGCUUUUAACAGGUAAUUUUAUCUACAGAUUAAACAAGAUCAAAUAAAUAAAAAAAUAUGGAUACGUUUAGUGAAUCCAGUCAACAAAACCAUGGACUUGCAGUAGAAAGUUUUGAUUGGAGUAUUAUUUGUUGUGGCCCCGUCGGUUUUAUCACUUAACAUUGAAUAUAGUUCCAGUAACAAAUCGUGUUCGGAAUCAUUUAUUUUUGUGCAUUUUUACAAUAAAGUAUAGAAAUUA